CGUGCAUAGCGCGCCGGAUGCAGCAGAGUAAUAGUGGAUCUUGCCGGGAGCAUUGUACCGGGGGUUCUCGCUGAAACAACGGAAAGGGGACUCUGAAACUCACCAUGAUCACGUCAGCGGCUGGAAUCCUUUCCCUUCUGGAUGAAGAUGAGCCUCAGCUUAAGGAAUUUGCACUGCACAAACUGAAUGCUGUAGUCAAUGAUUUCUGGGCAGAGAUUUCUGAAUCGGUGGAUAAAAUUGAAGUGCUCUAUGAAGAUGAGAGUUUCAGGAGCAGACAGUUUGCGGCACUUGUGGCUUCCAAGGUGUUUUACCAUCUGGGGGCAUUUGAAGAGUCGCUGAACUAUGCUCUGGGUGCUGGAGAUCUGUUUAAUGUUAAUGACAACUCUGAAUAUGUGGAGACCAUUAUAGCCAAGUGUAUUGACCAUUACACCAAGCAAUGUGUAGAGAAUGCAGAACUUCCUGAAGGUGAGAAGAAGCCAGUGGAUGAGCGCCUAGAAGGGAUUGUGAACAAGAUGUUCCAACGCUGUUUAGAUGAUCACAAAUACAAACAAGCCAUCGGUAUUGCACUUGAGACACGGCGCCUGGAUAUUUUCCAGAAAACUGUAUUGGAAUCGAAUGAUGUCCCUGGCAUGUUGGCCUACAGUCUGAAGGUCUGCAUGUCCUUAAUGCAGAACAAGCAGUUCAGGAAUCGAGUCCUUAGAGUGUUGGUUAAAAUCUAUAUGAACUUGGAAAAACCAGACUUCAUCAAUGUCUGCCAGUGCUUGAUAUUCUUGGAUGACCCCCAAGCUGUGAGUGAUAUUCUCGAGAAAUUGGUGAAAGAAGAUAACCUACUCAUGGCUUAUCAAAUUUGCUUUGACCUGUAUGAGAGUGCAAGCCAGCAAUUUCUGUCCUCCGUCAUACAGAACCUACGCACUGUUGGAGCUCCAAUUCCAUCCAUUCCAGGUUCUACUAACACAGGAACCGUGCCAGCAGCCUCAAAAGACAGUGAAGAGAUGGAAUCUGAGGACAAGUCUGGGAGUCCAGUAGUUAGCAAAUCUGAAGUGAACCCAGAGCCUAAAGAUCAAAUCUCCAAGAUGAUAAAAAUUCUCAGUGGGGAGAUGGCCAUAGAAUUGCAUUUACAGUUUUUGAUACGGAAUAACAAUACAGACUUGAUGAUUCUUAAGAACACUAAGGAUGCAGUAAGGAAUUCAGUUUGUCAUACAGCUACAGUUAUAGCAAAUUCUUUCAUGCACUGUGGCACCACAAGUGACCAGUUUCUAAGAGAUAAUUUGGAGUGGUUGGCUAGGGCCACAAACUGGGCAAAGUUUACAGCAACAGCAAGCUUAGGAGUUAUUCACAAGGGACAUGAGAAGGAGGCACUCCAGCUCAUGGCAACUUACCUUCCUAAGGACACAUCACCGGGCUCAGCAUACCAAGAAGGGGGAGGCCUCUAUGCUUUGGGGCUGAUUCAUGCUAACCAUGGUGGCGACAUCAUAGACUACUUGCUCAACCAGCUGAAAAAUGCUAGCAAUGAUAUUGUGCGUCAUGGUGGUUGCUUAGGACUUGGUUUAGCUGCCAUGGGCACCGCACGCCAGGAUGUUUAUGACCUUUUGAAAACAAAUCUCUAUCAGGAUGACGCAGUCACUGGUGAGGCUGCUGGUUUGGCUCUUGGCUUAGUAAUGCUUGGCUCUAAGAAUGCACAAGCCAUUGAAGACAUGGUGGGAUACGCUCAGGAAACACAGCAUGAAAAGAUUCUGCGAGGUUUGGCAGUGGGCAUUGCUCUGGUCAUGUAUGGUCGCAUGGAAGAGGCAGAUGCGUUGAUUGAAAGUCUCUGCAGGGAUAAGGAUCCAAUCCUGCGCCGUUCUGGCAUGUACACUGUAGCUAUGGCAUAUUGUGGUUCUGGUAACAACAAGGCCAUCAGGCGCCUACUGCACGUGGCUGUUAGUGAUGUGAAUGAUGAUGUCAGAAGGGCAGCUGUGGAGUCCCUUGGCUUCAUUUUAUUCAGGACACCAGAACAAUGCCCAAGUGUUGUGUCACUGUUGUCUGAGAGCUAUAAUCCUCAUGUACGAUAUGGUGCUGCCAUGGCCUUGGGGAUCUGCUGCUCUGGAACAGGAAACAAGGAAGCCAUUAACCUCCUUGAGCCCAUGACCAAUGAUCCUGUGAAUUAUGUGCGCCAAGGAGCAUUAAUUUCCUCUGCAUUGAUAAUGAUUCAGCAAACUGAAAUCACCUGCCCCAAGGUUAGCCAGUUCCGUCAACUCUACUCCAAGGUGAUUAAUGACAAACAUGAUGAUGUGAUGGCAAAGUUUGGUGCCAUCCUGGCCCAGGGAAUUCUUGAUGCAGGAGGUCACAAUGUUACCAUUUCACUGCAGUCACGUACUGGUCACACUCACAUGCCUUCUGUGGUUGGGGUCCUGGUCUUCACGCAGUUCUGGUUCUGGUUUCCUCUCUCACACUUCCUGUCUCUUGCUUUUACUCCAACCUGUGUUAUUGGACUUAACAAGGACCUUAAGAUGCCAAAAGUCCAGUAUCGAUCGAACUGUAAACCAUCAACAUUUGCUUAUCCUGCUCCAUUAGAAGUGCCCAAGGAAAAAGAGAAGGAAAAGGUCUCCACUGCCGUCCUGUCUAUCACAGCCAAAGCCAAGAAGAAGGAGAAAGAGAAGGAGAAGAAAGAGGAGGAAAAGAUGGAAGUUGAUGAGACUGAGAAAAAGGAGGAGAAAAAGAAAGAGCCUGAGCCGAACUUCCAAAUUCUAGAGAACCCAGCCCGUGUAAUGCCAGCUCAGCUCAAAGUACUCAGCAUGCCUGAAGGCACUAGAUACCAGCCUUUCAAACCCCUAUCUAUUGGUGGAAUUAUCAUUCUCCGAGACACCAGCGAGGAAGAGGAGCAACUGGUGGAACCUGUUGCUGCUCAUGGGCCAAAGAUUGAGGAGGAAGAGCAAGAACCAGAACCCCCUGAGCCCUUUGAAUAUAUUGAUGACUAGAACUAUUGCCAGAGUUCGAAUGUCUGACAUCUUUGUGUGCUCACUUCCACACAAGCAUCAUUAGAGCUGCAUAUUGAACGUUUACCACCACUGUACUGCUUCAUCACAUGCCCCGGAUACUGUGUGACUGAUCGAAAUGAUCUGUUUUCAAAUAAAAUUCUGUAAAAACAAA